CGAACCAGUCGCCAUCCCAGUCCGACGCUCGGGUGGCCUAAGACCGUCCAUCUGACCAAGCGCAUGUCAUUUGCGCGUUGUCUGUCGCCCAGCCUAGGCAACGAAUACGGGAUCGCUCGGUUUGCGCAUGAAAUCGCACGCCAGCGGCUGACGCUCCGUUACUACUCACACAACGGGGCCAAGAAGCUACUCCCGACCCCACCGGACAUACACGUGCUAGAAACUCCUGCUGCAAAUGACUCGGCGCGGAGUUGGGCUGCUGCGUUCGAGCGCACGCCAAUCCCUCGAGGGGCGGUGGAGCUGGCGUUCUCGCGGAGCUCGGGUCCCGGUGGACAGAAUGUCAACAAGGUCAACACGAAAGCUACUAUCAAGUGCGCUAUCGGGGAGGAGUGGAUUCCACCAUGGACCGUGCCCCUGCUGAAGAAAUCUUCGUACUACGUCUCGUCCUCGCAGUCCAUCCAGAUCACGUCCAGCGUCCACCGCUCUCAGUCGCAGAACGUCGACGAAUGCCUGUCCAAAUUCCAUGCCCUCAUAUUGGAUACAUCAAGAUCGCUUUUGAAGAACGAACCGUCCGACGCACAGAGGAAGAAGGUCGAGGGCCUCAUCAAAGCUUCCGCUCAACGGCGGCGUAUGGAGAAGACGGCUCGCAGUAAUGCCAAGGCGUCCCGCAAACCUCCGCGCGACUGACACUCAUGCUUGCUCGGCUUGCCCCACUGCAGCUCACACUACAGCUCAACUCAAGAACGGCCUCCACUGUGCACUGCCAUGACUUGUGCUCUCACUGUCGUGCCCACAUUGUGUCAAAGCUCCCUUGGCCGAGUCACAGACCGCUGAUUGGGGCCGCAAUCGUCUACACCAGCUGUCCUCCAUGAAGCCUGGAGCUUAUGUGUGGCCUCUAGGUUCCGUCGCUAGAAACUGUGCUGCAAUGAUUUGACAAUGAAUGCAACACAUAGUUCAGACAACCAUGACAUUCUCAACAAAUUGGAACUACGACGACGUACAGCCUAGGGCGAAAGACUGUAGGACCUGAGCCGACGAUUGAUUUGGCGUUCAAGAAUCCGAAGCACUCUCGCCUGUUCCGCAUCCAUCACUCAUGUAUACAAAAUCUGUGUGCGCAGGCGAAGGUGGAAUCGCGACGGAAUUGAUGCUGGGAGCUUAUCGGCCACGAAAGAUCGCGCGUGAGACUCCCAGUUGUCUUCUAAUUCGGCGGUUACGAGCAGGCGCCUGUCGAGUUAGUUUGAUGGGCGCCUACGACUGGGCAAUAUGUAACCUGCGCGAAGCAGUUUCUCUUCCUCUUUACUGUUUCCUUCCUUCUGCCUCUGGUCCAUGGAUAAGACUCGUUUAUCGGCUGCACUAGAUGCCAUAGAUCAGAACUGGUUUGUCAAUACGACUCGGCGAGCACGAUGGAUGGACUUGCUUGGAGAUUACGCUGGGACGGAGCUUUUCGUUAUCUCAGGGGAGUCACUGCUCAAGACUGUGCUGGAUGAUGCGCUGUUAGCCUUGGGGCAUGCCGGAGACCUCAGUUUCCAAAUUCUUCACGCGUAUUACUUGCUGGAAAACGCUCUACUGGAGUUCACUAGCCGCAACGCAAACUUCGAGAUUGUGUUCUGGCAGAGUGAACGUCACUCGACCAUUCACACCGGCGCAUCUGCGCUCGUCAUUACCUCGCGGGCACUCGCACGAGCGCUUCUGUUCCAACAUCUCCAAAAACUGGAUGUCGUGGUCCGCCUUUUCUCGGACACCCGUGAUCCUUCAUGGCUCCAGUACGAAGAGGAGAGACGCCCGAUGUUCGUGAUGCUCCACGAUGGCGGAGUUGGUGAUGGAAAAGACGUCGACCGACGCACACUACUCCAGCGCAUGACCAUGCUGGACCUCGUCGAUCGAGGUUUGUCUAUCGCUUUCCUCAAUGGGGUUGAGUUCCGUGACUCCAAGGUUCUCACAUUCGUCUAUCAUGGAGAUCAUCGUUCCAGUGAUCACCAAGGCUUCGCCGAUGCUCUCUGCAUCGCCAAAGGGGCCAGGAAAGAGCUGGACGAGGCUUUGCGAGAUCAGUUCGAGUCAUCACUUGCGUUGAACGCCUUGAAUCCUCCCAUGAGUGUUCCCUUGCAUGCCCAGACCGUCUUCCUGGCCCGCAUAAGGAACAAGCUGGAAGACUCGGAUCUCGUCAGAGAGUUGCUUUUCGUGUUCUUGACGCACGUAGUCCUUCUCCCAUCUCUUCCGCUAUCCGACAGGGCCCAGCCAAUCCACCACUUGCAUUCGCACGUGCAAACGUAUCUCCUGGACACAUUCCUCCCUGCGGUAUUCUCUGUCCUGGCUGUCGCGCCGUUAGAAGUCGACGGGAGAGUUUUCGCGGCUCUGCUGGCUUAUAUCGUAUCGAAUCCGACCAAGUGCAUCAGCGAGAUUGUACCAGGCAUCGAGAAAUUUGCCGCGCAGUGGUCUCUGUCUAUGCCGGUCUUCAGAGUCCUGCAAAGAUACGCUACAUCAAUCUGUGAUGAGAAACUAGACGUCCCGCAUCCGGUUUACGAGGUCCUCCCAUUUCAUCAUCCAGCCUUGGAUACGCUCCCUCUCGUCGAUGAUCCCGGCUCCAUGGACACACGGGAUGCGCCAAGUUCGGUUUACUCCGAUGCCAAACACUGGCACAACGACCAGUCGAUCCUACCCAGGUAUCUAGGUGGCCAAGAUCGACCGGUUCUCAGUGCAUGGGAGAAACAAAGACGUAACCGAGGGAAUCAGUUAUUCAUGGUUACGCUUCAGAGAACCGCUGAGACGCUGACCGGAGCGCUGGGGACCGGGUUGCGAAAGAUCUCUAUUGCGCCGGUCAAGGAUUUACCUCAGGUCCGACACGCCCAACCAAUAAUUGUUACGCAGAAGGCGAAGCAGCAGAAAAAGUCGAAGAAAGAGUUGCUUCGCGAAGAGAUACAGCAGAAGAAACUCGAAACACGGAAUGAUUCGUCUGGCCUCUGGUGGAAGGAGCGGUUGGUCGAACUCAAAGAACUUUCUCUGAACGAGCAAGCAGCCAAGUUUGCUCUGCUUCUCAGGAACCCGCGCUCUGCAGAACCGAUGCUCGGGCUAGAGAUGCAUCUCUUUAUGCUCGAUCUGACCAUCCGUAGAUGGAAGGAAUCGCCUUCUUCUCACGACGACUUUGCGCUGAACAUGCUCAAAUGCAUCAAGAAUAUGCUCGAUCUCGGACUACUCAAUCCAACGGCAACGGGGAUCCUGGAGGAGGUGUUCGAAGGCCUGGGCUUCAAGGAUUAUGCGCCUGCUAUGCUCUCGACAUCCCUGGACGAUCGGCUCCUUGCAGACAAGCCGAUCUCAUUCGACUUCGUCAGGCUCUUCAGUCGUCGCCACGAUUGUCAGCCAAAACUACCGUCGAUGGCCAUCCGCGAGAAUCCUAUCAUCUGGCAACUUCGCGUCUUUGGCGAUUACAUGGAUCGGAGCAUGGACAGCUCGGUGGACGCACGUGUAAGCUUCUGGCCGGAUGCCUGGCAGAAGCGCGUGCUGGAUUGCAUAGAUGAGGGCCACUCGAUUCUCGUGAUUGCGCCAACGAGUGCGGGGAAGACUUUCAUUUCAUACUACGCCAUGGAGAAAGUCUUGAGAGGCUCCAACGACGGAAUUUUGGUAUAUGUCGCUCCGACGAAGGCUUUGGUCAGUCAAGUUGCCGCUGAAGUGUAUGCGAGAUACGAAAAAUCUGUGGACGGCAUGAAUCUAUGGGCCAUUCACACCCGGGAUUAUCGAAUCAACGAUCCGUUGCGUUGCCAGAUUCUUGUGACCGUCCCCGAGAUACUCGCCACUUUGCUCCUGUCCCCGCCACUCGCCAGAGUUUGGAUACCCAGGAUGAAAUCGAUCAUCCUCGAUGAGAUUCAUUCAAUCGGACAGCAGGAAGGUGGAACUGUUUGGGAGCAGAUCAUCCUGAUGGCUCCAUGUCCCAUUAUUGGUCUCUCUGCUACGGUCGGAUCGCCAGAAGGCUUCAGUCAAUGGCUUGCCUCCGUUCAGACGCAACAUGGAUUCAGGUACAGCGAGAUUAUACAUCCUCAUCGCUAUUCCCAUCUACGCAAGUUCUUCUAUGAUCUUCAGGGUCAAACCGUUGCUUUCAAUGGGCUGGAUGUACACACCGAUACCGGCCGAGCGCGUUUCCUGCAUCCGAUCUCGCUUAUCCCUUACGGAACGUGGAAAAUCACAGAGGACCUCGCGCUCGAAGCCAGAGACACGCUCUCUCUCUAUCGGGAACUUGAGAGGUCCGAGAUACCUGGACACGAAGAGCUCCAUCCAGUCGUGUUUUUCAAGGGUGCCAGCAGACUUCUUGUUCAACGAGACAUCAUCCGGUACGAGCAAGCGCUGAAACGGAAACUCGAGGAAUGCGUCCUUCCAGACCGAGACAGAACGCUCGCCAUUACCUGUGGUCUCAUGGACGAACAUGUUCGGCUCCAACUCCAGAGCGCGCCAUCCAAAGAAGCGUAUCAACGCAACGUGAUGACUUUAUUGUCCGACCUGCAUGUGAGAGGCGAGCUGCCUGUCAUCCUGUUUAGCUUUGACCGGACAGAGUGUGAGCGGAUCGCCAGGUCCAUUCUUGAAACACUCGAGAGAGCCGAGUCGCUCUGGCGCGCCACUAGUCCUGUCUGGGCGCAAGAUGUCAAGCGUUUUGAGAGCUGGAAAACCGGUGAGGCAGCGCGCAGAAGGAAAGCUGACGCUGCCGCUGCUCGCAAAUCCAAAGUCAAAUCUCGCCGGCCAGAUCAGGGCAACAGCGGAGGCGACGAGCGUGAUCAAGGCCCGUCUUACAAUCCAGGGAGCACCUUCGAUCCUAACGAGCCGUCGCGCCAGUUUACGUUUGCCGAUGUUACACGGUAUUCGAGACAGGAUCUGGCCGAGGAUAUCGAGCGUUUGACAUGGAGAGCGUCCGUCCCUGGGUGGGCUUCGGCCGCCCUGAAAAGGGGCGUCGGAGUGCACCACGCCGGGAUGAAUAAAAAGUAUCGCAGCGUCAUUGAGAGUUUAUUUCGACGCGGUUACAUCAGAGUCAUGAUAGCGACUGGCACGCUUGCUCUGGGAAUCAACGCUCCGGCCAAAACUACCGUGUUCUGUGGCGACUCUCCCUACUUGACAGCCUUGAUGGUCAAUUCUCCUCUUGACAAUGCGAUUAGCAACUCAAUUUCUCUCCAGUAUCGGCAGUGCGCAGGCAGAGCCGGUCGACGAGGCUUCGACCUGCGCGGGAACGUCGUCUUUUACGGGCUUCCCCUGGACCGAGUCCAGCGCAUGGUCCUUUCAAAGAUCCCGCCGCUCGGAAGCAAUUUCCCGCUCACGUCGACGCUCUGUCUCCGGCUGCUGAGUAUGCUCAGUGGCUCGAAGAAUGCCGACUCGGCUGUGGCUGCAGUCGACAGCAUUCUGAAGUUGCCGCGGAUCAGCUUCGUCUCGGACAUUGGGCGAGACCAGGUUCUGCAUCAUAUGCGGUUCAGCAUCGAGUAUCUGCGUCGAAUGGGUCUGGUGGAUUGUCGAGGGCAGCCAUCCCAGCUCUUCAGCUUGACGGCGCACUUGUAUUAUCACGAGCCAAGUAACUUUGCCUUGGUCGCACUGCUGAAUAGCGGGGUCCUGGAGGGUGUUUGCGCACAGCAUUCCCUCGAAUCGGCAAAACACGACUUGGUCCUGGUGCUGGCCCACCUCUUCGGCAGGCGCUACCUUUCUCGCUCCUCGCUGCCGGCCAUUGAGAAGCUUGUUAAAAAGUAUCCGUCGCAGGUGGUAUUGCCCCCGCUGCCGCACGCGGUUCGCACAGUUCUGGUGCAGCACGACCUGCUUAUCCGGGACAUCUUCAGGGGCUACGCGGCGGCGUGUGCGUCCCAGCUUGGGCCCAGAGAUUCCGUGCUGCCGUUCAGCAACACGGCCUUUGCUGGCCACGGCGGAGAAUGCACCCCUUUCCAGGCCUAUCUGCGCAAGACAGCCAUCACAGUCUCCGCGCGAUCGCUGUUUGUCGCCACCUCAGGACACACCGACUCGUCGUUCUCGGACACAGCGGAGCUAACGCGAUCUGCACGGCACGGCCUGCAUCUCAACAACAACGCUGUCCCCUCAAUGGGGCAUCUGGCGGCGGACGGCGAGCAUGCGCUCAACGCGUAUCUGCUCGACUUUUACGUGCACGGACAGAAGCGCGCGCUGGUGGAUGGAAAUGGGAUCCGGGAGGGCGAUCUGUGGCAGCUCCUCCAAGACUUUUCGUUGACGCUGGCCACCAUCCGGGCGUCCUUGAGUGGAACAGAUGACGAGGUAUUUGGGGUCGAUGCGGCCGAGGUUGAAGAUGGCGAGGGCGAGGGCGAGGGGGUUGGGUCGGUUGGCGAAAAGAGCAACAGUGUGUUGGCUGUGGUGUCGGCGGUGAAGGAGGAGUUUGACGAAAAGUUCAAAAACAUCUGGGCGUAGUAGGUACAUACAACUCACGAGCCUCCUUGCUGCCGACGCCCAUCUCCACCACACAAGUCUUCAAUCCCAGGCCCCGCAUCCUCUCGACCACUUGUCCGACUUUCUCAAAUUCUGUCCAGCUGAGCGGACUCGAUGUGUCCGUGUCCGUGUUCGAAGUAGGCUCCAGAAACCGCAGGCGCAAUGCAAGCCACUGCAUCGCCUUGGUCUUGACAAACUCCUCCACACCCGACUGUUUGUCUUGCGCAUAGAUCGUCGACCUUCGCAAAGCCGGAGAUAGAGAGCGUUUUGGGAUCAAGAAGUAUGCCGAAUGAAAAACUCUCAUCUUUUAUUAUUAUUUCUAUUUCCGGCGCAAAACGGCGUUCAUUUGUAGUUGAA